AUGUCUUUGCUAUUCGUUUCAGCAAGUCGAACAUGUCGGUCUUCUUUUUCUCGACAACAUAUACUUUUAUCUACAUCUCGAUUUCAAUCAACUCAAAUAAAUCCAGAGAUUCAUCAAACUCAAAAUCAGCAAACAAAAGCGGAUUAUCCAUCAUCAUCAUCAUCUAAUUCUAGUCGUCGAUAUCGUUUUUAUUUCUUAUCUAUUGCUGCUGGAGCAUUAAUUGGAGGAGCAUAUACAUUUCGACAAUCUCGAAAAUAUGAGGGUCUUAUGCCUGAAUAUAUUACUAAUUCUGAACAACUACAGCGUAAAGCAAUGGAAGCUCGACCAAUGCCACCACCCGUAACAAAACAUAUUACAUUUGAUGAAGGACCAAGAGUAAAUUUCCCAUUUAAAUUAACACUCUAUCAAUAUGUUACAUGUCCAUUUUGUUGUAAAGUUCGUGCAUAUCUUAAUUAUAAUCGUAUACCAUAUGAUAUAGUUGAAGUUAAUAGUGUAAUGCGUUCGGAAACAAAAUGGUCAAUAUAUAAAAAAGUUCCAAUACUUGUUAUAGAAAAUGAAGAAAUUCAAUUAAAUGAUUCAAGUAUGAUUAUAUCAGCUAUUGAAUCUUAUUUACGUAUGCCAACAAAACGAUUUGAAAAUAUAUCGAAAUUAUAUCAAUCAGUUGUUGAAAAAGAUGAAAAGGGAAAAUUAUCGUUUAAUUAUCCGAAUAAAUAUUUUCUUGUUGAACCAUUAACAAAUGAACGAGUAGAUCCAACAAAACAAGUUCAAACAGAAAAAACAAAAGAUGAUGCUCGUGAUAAUGAUGCAACAACAACAACGAAAAAUGUUAAUAAUCAAUCUUCACCAUGGUUUUUCACUAAAUUUUUUUCAAAAUCAAAAUCAGAACAUAAAGAAGGUUUAGUUAAUAUUGGUUCAGGAACUGUUACAGACAAUGAAACAAAAUCAAUUACUUCAUAUAAUAAAUCAAGUGAACAAUAUAAAUUAGAACGUAAAUGGCGUGAAUGGGUUGAUACAAAAUUUGUUCAUACAUUAUCACCAAAUAUUUAUUGUACUUUAAAUCAAUCAUUGAAUACAUUUCGAUGGUUUUCACAAGCAGGAGAUUGGGAACAAAUAUUUCCAUGGUAUCAACGUUGGAUUAUUGUUUAUGUUGGUGCCGUUGUUAUGCGUGGUGUAGCAGGACGUUUAAGAAAAAAAUAUAAUUUAAAUGAUAAUGUAAGAAUUUCUCUAUAUGAAUGUGCAAAUGAAUGGGUUAAAGCCGUUGGAAAUAAAAAUUUUCUUGGUGGAUCUCAACCAAAUCUUGCUGAUUUAAAUGUUUAUGGUAUUCUCACAGCUAUUCAAGGAUGUGAAGCAUUUCAAGAUCUUAUGAGUAAUACAAAGAUUCAACCAUGGUUUGAACGUAUGAAACAUUCAGUUGAACCUCAUUUUGCUGAUAACCGUCUUCGUGCUACUACUUAA